UAAAUCUUUUCAAAACAUAGAAGCGACUCUCAAAUCGUUCAUUUACAUACAUACAUAUGUACAUAAAUUUCAAGUUAACAUUAUUGCGUAAAAGAACGGAUUUUAAAUUAACGGAAUUCAUAAAGAGAAAAUCAGUAAACCUCUUAAAAGACCACAGCACAAUUAAAAGGAAUUAAAUAUAUUUUCAAAUUUUCAACCAAAAAACUUAAAUAAAAUGUCACGAUUAAGCUACGCUGCGAAAAUAUGGAUGCAACCGCAUCGAUUGGCGAAAACCUUUACAACGCURAUACGUGUCAUUUCCACCACGGCGCCAAAACCGAACUUCAGCAACCACGAAAUUCCGUUAGCCAACGAAACGGUGAACGUUUUAGCGAAAUCGGAGGGAUUGACAGAUAGCAGUGGACCCAACAAAAGCAAUAAUAAGGAUUUGAACGAUGUUGCGCCUAUAGACGAGGCGAAAUCGACUUCAAUCAAGGAGGAUAAGCUACCCGAAAUGACAAUUGUGGACAUAAAUAGCGGCUAUGGACGUAUGGACUUUGAAGAUCGCAUGGCACAUAUGGAUCUGGAAGAACGCAUUAACGAAGCUAAACAAAACAAUACUCCAGCGUUGCCUUUAGUGCGCACAAUGCCGACGGUGGUCAAUAUCGAUGGCUACGGCGACGAUAUGAUGUACGAAGACAUGCCUGAUUUGAUUUUGCCGCGGAAAAUUACCACAAAAGUAGCUGAACAAACUGCUGAUGCAGCAGCUGCAUAUCCAAUUGGUGAUGGUGCUGUAAGUACGAUGCCAAUGGCGGCUGAAGCAGUACAAGUUACUAAAGGGUCCAAACAGGAGACAAUAAUAGACGCUGAGGAAGCAAUUAAAGCGAUUGGCGUGGAUAUUGCAACCAGUGAGCAGAAAUUUGUGGCAGCCAGUACAACGAAGGCAAAAAAUGCCAUGGACGAUGUGGAAGUAAUUUGCGAGGCACCAGUGGACAUAGAUGCCUUCGCUAAUGAGGAGGAGAAAAAGCAGGGCACUGUCGACAUUGACGCCUAUGGUGAUGAUGAGCGCUUCAAAUUGCCACCGAUACCGAAGGAGCGUAACAACGUCUUUGAAUUUAAAGGCAUCAAGAUCAUUAUGCCCAAGCGUAUGCUGCGCGAUUCAACUUAUCGCUACCGCUUGGAUCCAAACGAUAAGGACAAAGCAGACGAUAUGCAAAUUUGCGUCUAUGAGAAGUGAAUCUACACAUGGUGCAAGGGAUAUUUUAUGAGGAUUCUUUUUUUCAAAUACUUAUGUCAUUUUGUAAAUAUCAUGYCAUUGGUAAUGUAUUUUUAAUAAACUUAACUGUUUAAAAAAUAUAACAAA